UACGCGGGGGUUUUAGCUGCUCUGUUUUUCUAGGGUUAGGUCGAUGCUGCUACUGGCGCUAUGGGCGACGCUGGCGACGAUCGCGUCCACAACCGGAGAGAUAUGCGUCUCGCAAGGCAAUCGAUUCCCGAAAUUCUCCCUGGAGGGGUGGGCUCCUCGCAAAUCGCCCCGCGGCACAGACGCGCUGAAGCUGUGUAGGAUCUUCAGCGGCAGGACGUGCUGCACAGGGAUCCAGACGCAACACGCGCUGCUAGCACUGAGAAAUCUGGCCGUGAAUGGAGAGGGCGAUGAGGUGUGCCAGUCCGUGUGGGAAGUUCUCGAGUGCUCCGUGUGUCAUCCUCGGGUUGGAACUUCGCCGGGGCCUCCAGCGAUCUGCCAGGAUUUUUGCAAUGUGGUAUUCUCGUCUUGCUCCUCGGCAUUCUUCGCCAUGGAUCAACCCAAGCAAGCUCUGCUACCUUGCGGCUCGUCCGAGAUUAUCUGCGCGCAAGGAACGGAGUGGACAAGGAACAGUAGCCACUUCUGCGAGUUAGCCGGCUUCCGAGUGGUGGAACGCGCAAGCGGAGAGUUUUGCUACGAUGGAACGCCAGGGGAAUCACUGGAGAAGACGAGUCCAUCAAGCAAAGAUCAGAAAAAGAAGAAGCAGAAGAAGCAAGACAGAACGCCGAGUCCGGAAAGCCCGAGCAAGAAGUUUGAUCGCGCGUUCCUGAUGACGGACAAAGUUCUCUGGGCGGUCGCAGGCCUCGUUCUCACAGCCGGUGCCGUGCUCUUCAGGCAAAGAGGAUCACGAUCUCGGCAGCGUCGAGCCGCACUGAUGAAAUCACUAAAAGAGGCGAGAUCUUCACAGCAGGCGGCGUACGAUAAGAAAAGCUAAGCUUUUCUUGUGUAUUUUUACUUCUGUAAAGAUGCAUUUGUUAUUUGCAUCUCUAAAGACAUGGCGCGUCGACCUUACCAGGACUCAAAAGCGGAAGCUGUUGAUGCUUGGUUUGCAGCUUGUCAUGCCGAUUGUGGAAGAAGCUGCUGCCAUAGUUUCUUUCUUUAUAGCUGAACAGGAAGCAUUGCUUGAGAGUA